UGAGGUUAGGUUCUGAUGUGUAAACAUACACACGUGUUAUCACUCAAUGUUAUCAAUCACAGUUAGUAAUCCAAUUUUUUAAGUUGACAGUGUGAAAUUUCUCCUGACAUUCACUCAGUAACUUCAACUUUACCUCCUCUUUAAUUUUCAUUAAUUAUUUUCCUGCCACUCUCCAAAGAGAUUUCCCAUUUCUUAAUCAAAGCGUAUACUGUAAAGGAACUAAGCUGAAAUUUUUUACCUGUCGUUGAAAAGGUUGUGUACCUAUUUCAAGGUUUGCUCUUUGCUCUCAAAUAAACAGUAGCCCAUAUUUAAAGUCUUUAUCAUCAAUUCAGGAUGGCCUCUUGUACCUCCAGUAUCCCCAGCGGUGAACGUGAAGUCUCAGAAUGUUCUAGUGCAACAGGCAGAGCGGGAAAAGAGCUCAAAGUAAAUAUCGAAUUCAUGGGUGGUGCUGAAAUGAUGUUUGAUAAUCAGAAGAAGCUGAAUGUCACUCUACCACCUGCUGAAUGCAAAUGGACAAUCCGAAGUUUGCUUGCUUACAUGAAGGAGCACUGUGCCAAAGGUGGAGGUCUGGAAAGGUUUUUUACCGGCGAUUCUGUGACUCCUGGUAUACUCUGUGUAAUUAAUGAUCAGGACUGGGAGCUACUGGAUACCCUAAAUUAUGAGCUGGAACCCAACGAUAACAUCAUCUUUAUCUCGACACUUCACGGAGGCUGAACCAAAAAUUCCAGACACCCCGGAGGAUGUGCGGCCGCGCAUACCGUGGAGACCGUUCAGCAGCUUCAUCUUUCGCGUCUCGAAUUAGUUGCGCCUUUUGUACAUACAUUUAUGUGUAAAUAAUAUUUAUUCCAUGUAAAGCUU